AUGUUGAAGAGAUUCCCAACCCCCGUUCUAAAGCCUUACUGGCCCUUCUUCGUGGGCGCAGUCGUCGUCUACUGGGGCGUCGGCAAGGGCGCCAGCGCGUCCGCGCAGUCUGCAGAGUUCAUCAACGACCCCCGCAACCCUCGUUUCGCCCGUGGCGAAAAGCCCGUCGAGCUCGCCUGA